GUAAUAAAUUAAACAAAAGACGCGCGAUAGUUAAGAUCGCAACGAGCACAACGUCAAGACAAAGUGCAAGUGGGCGAGUGUCGCCGCCUACAUAUCGAUAUUUAAAGACAAUCACACACGCAACCAAUUCCAGUCAAAGACAUGGAGGAGAAACGCAUAGCGGACUAUUUUGUGGUUGCCGGUAUGCCGGAGCAACCGCAACUGCUACAGGACAACAUAUUCAACGAUUCGGGCCGGUUGCGUGCGGCGAAUACAAUUGAGCCCAUCACAGACAUUGGUGUCUACUUUCCGUUGCUGGGCGAGCAGCUGCCCGAGGGCUAUGAGCUGCUCGAGCAGACGCCCACUGGCAUGCCGGCUAAUCUCAAUCACGGCUCGGUGCGCACUACCGAAUGUUAUAUCUACUUUCGACGCGGCAAGGAUCGGCCACCGCUCGUGGAUAUCGGAGUUUUGUAUGAUGGUCACGAGCGCAUCAUGUCGGAUGCGGAAAUUGUUGGCGAAACACCGGGCGGGCGUGUGGCCAAUGUGAAUAACUCGUCUGCGAAAACGUUUCUCACAUAUCGACGCGCCCGCCCAGACAUGCCCUGCAACGAGCUGGUCGUCACCGAGCUGUGCGUGAUUGUCCAGAGCAAGGGGGAACGGCCGCCGCAUGCCUUCUGUCUCAUAUAUAAGACCCUGAACAAGGGCUAUGUGGGCAGCGAUGUUUAUUUGUGCUACAAGAAGUCCAUGUAUCGUCCAAAGCACAUUAGCUAUAGGCCCGAAAUAUUGUUGCGCUAUCCCACCGUGGAUCACACAGACUUUCCCCUCAAAUUGUGUCCGAGCGUGCCGCUCUUCUGCCUGCCCAUGGGCGCCAGCCUGGAAGCGUGGCCGCAUGUCAACGGCAACGAGAAGCGCAAACCCAUCAGUCCGGUGUUCAGCACAUUUGUGCUGACCGUCAGCGAUGGCACAUACAAGGUCUACGGCUCGGCGCUGACCUUCUACGAGGACUUCGACGAAUCGCAACUGUCGGCGGAGCAACGCGAUUUGCUUGGCUGGAACGAAGAGUUUGCGUCACAGCACUCGCUGCACAUGAUCAAGGCGAUUUGCCUGCUGUCGCAUCAUCCGUUUGGUGACACCUUCGACAAGUGGCUGAAAUACUUGCACCGUAUGGUUUUAUAUGGCGGCAAUAUUCCGAUACCCGUAGAACGGUAUAUUAUACAGCUGCUGGACGAGGUGCCGUUCCCGGCACCCAGCAUCCAUUUGCAGCUGUCCAGCGAAUCAAAUGAUCGCAUUUUGCUCACACAGCCAGAGGAUUCGCCGUUGCCACGCAGCGGCGCCGGUUUUUAUAUGCUGCUUCAGAAUCUGGGCACCGAGAACUGCCUGCACGUACUGCUCCUUGCGCUCACCGAGCAAAAGAUACUCAUACACUCGCUCAGACCUGCAACGCUGACUGCCGUCGCUGAGGCGAUUGUGUCGCUGCUGUUUCCGUUCAAGUGGCAGUGCCCCUAUAUUCCGUUAUGCCCGCUGGGCUUGGCCGAGGUGCUCCAUGCACCGUUGCCUUAUUUGAUUGGUGUUGACUCGCGCUUCUUCGAUUUGUACGAACCGCCCACGGAUGUGACCUGCAUUGACUUGGAUACCAAUAAUAUUAGUCUGUGCGACUCGCAACGUCACUUGACGCCUAAGCUGCUGCCCAAGCGUGCCGCCCGCCUGCUCCGACAAACGCUGACGGAGUUGGAGAACGUCAAGCCCGUAAGCUAUGACUCCACCAAUAGCUUGGAUCGUGACAUACGAAAGCGGAAGCGUGAGCUGGUGCUGGAGCAGCGCAUUCAGGAGGCAUUUCUGCUCUUUAUGGCGUCCAUAUUGCGUGGCUAUCGUGACUACUUGGUGCCCAUAUCAAGGGCGCCCUCCGUUGGCGCCACGGAUCCAAGUGCCUUAUUUCAGCUAAAGGCUUUUCUGCGCUCGCGCGACAAGUCGCACCAGAAAUUCUUUGAGCUGCUAAUGAAAACUCAGAUGUUCAUUCGAUUCAUUGAGGAACGCAGCUUUGUGUCGGACGGAGAUCAUGGUCUCAGCUUCUUUGACGAGUGCGCCGAGAAGGUGGGCGGCUACGACGAGACGCCCGCUCAGCUGCAUCUGGUUGAUUGGGACACGGGCCAGAGCAGCGAGCGCACCAAGUACAUCUUUCCACCAGACAGUGUCUCGACGACGGCUGGCGGUGCUAUCACCUACAAUUAUAAUAGGAACUUCACACUGCAGCCCGAGUUGCUGCAAAGCACAAGGAAGACCGCGCUGUCCCAGUUCCUGCAGAUGCAGCUUAAUGCGUCGAUGUCGCCGGGAUCGCCGAUAGCGCGUCGCACCAAGCACGAGGUGAAGCUGUCACAGAAGAUGGCCAGCCGUUGCCAGCAGCAUCCGGAAGCGUGGUCCAAAUAUCUACUGGCCACGUGCUACUCGUUAUACUUCCUGAUACUGCCCUCCAUGGUGAUAGAUACGCGGCAUGCGGGCAAGGAGCAUGACAUUCUGCGCGCCGCCUACGAUGUCCUGGUGCGUGCCAGCAAGUUGAAGAUCACCUGCGACGAGUUCUGCUAUCGCAUCAUGAUGCAGCUCUGCGGCAUUCACAAUCUACCCGUGCUAGCUGUGCGUCUACACUAUCUGAUGAAGCGAUCGGGUGUACAGCCGAAUGCUCUCACUUAUGGAUUCUACAAUCGAUGUGUGCUCGAAUCGCAGUGGCCCAGCGACAGCACGACGCUCAGCCAGAUCCGCUGGAACGGCAUUAAGAAUGUCGUCAUGGGCGCGGCGCAUUUUCGACGCGCCGGCAAACGACAUGCCGCCGCCAAGGUAUGCAAAUCGCUCAGCUCGUCGCACGACCACAAUCUGAGCACACUGGAAACGGUUGACGGCCAGUCGCGCAGCAGCUUGGCUAGCUCCGGCGAAGGUGUCGGCGGUGGCCUGCUGGAUUUUGCCGCCUUCGACAGGCUGCGCAACAAGCUGGGCAGCAUUGUGCGCCAAACGGUGACGGGCGGCCCGCCCGAUGCGCUGCCCACCGAGGAUGUGGUGAGCAGCGCAGGCCUGCUGAUCAGCGGUGAAUCGGCCAGCAAUAGCGCCAACGGCAGUGCACCUCACACACCCCAUACGCCCACCUAUGGUGGCAAGUCUCGCAAGCAAAUCAUGAGCAUCGGGGAUGGCGAGGACGAUGAUGAUGAUGAUGAACAGGUCCGAAAUGAGGAACAAACGGCGUCGUUGACACCGCAAAAGGUCAAGCAAGAAUUGCAGUUUGCUGGCGGUGAUUACGACCUCGACGUUGAUGUGGAUGAGGAUGUCGAUGAGGAGCAGGAGCCAGAUGAACUCGAUGAGCAUAUGAUCGCACAGCGAGCCAGGCAACGCGUCCAAAGCCCCACCAAAAUAUCGCCACGAACGCCCGUUACGCAAAACGAUCCGCUGGGCGCUUUGAACGAGGAGAUCGUGGCCGCCGCCACACAGCAGCAGCCAGAGGCGCAGGCAGAGAUGAUGGCAGCUGCAACGGCUCUCAAUAGCAACAUGUACAGCGAUAAGCCAAUUCUAUUCAGGGGACAGCGCAGCGCCACCUUCGAUGAGUCGACGCAAAUUGGGAAGAGCAUGCAUCGGUCCGAGACGAUGCCAGUGGCCAGCAGUGGGGUCACCCACAGUCUGGCCAAUAUUGGCUCCUCGCUCAAGUUCACUUUCGGACGUUAUUCACCCGCACGAUUGUCCCUUAAGAAAGACUUGAAAUUGCCCGCCAAUAUAAUAGAAAAUAUAUCAAGCAUAAGCCCCAGCUUGACGGGCAAGAAGUCCAAUGAGCUGAUCCAGGGCAGCCUGAGCAGCAUUAAGUUUGCGGCCAAUUCGCUGACGCGUAAAUUUGAUGAGAUCAAGGGAGCCAUAUCGGCGAACUCGACGCCGGUGAAGACGAACAAUGGGCAGCAUCAUCACCAUCAUCAUCAUCACCAUCUGCAGCACCAUCAUCAUCAUCAGCAUCAUCAUCAGCAGGAGGCGUCUGCGGGCGGCGAGGAGCAUGACACAGCCGGCGCUGGUGCCGACGAGGGCAAACUGCGACGCGUCCCCAGCGAUCUGGACCCUUGGGGCAGACUGAGCGAGUCGCGCAAAUCGAGCUACAACAAUCUGGUGCCACUCGGCGAGAACAGCUCCAAUGCGGCGAUGCAUAUGUUCGCCUUCCCCGCCCUGCCCGACAAUCUCUAUAGCCCAACAGCCGAGGGUGGUGGCGUGGACCCGGAAUGCGAUGUGCUGAUACAGUUGACGACCUGCUCGAAGUGCCACAACUGUUCGGUGCUCGUUUAUGAUGAGGAGAUCAUGAGCGGGUGGUCGGCGGAGGAUUCCAACUUGAAUACCACGUGCCACGCGUGCAACAAGCUGACGGUGCCCUUUCUUAGCGUUCAAAUCACGCGUCUUGCAACCGCCGAGAGCGAAACUAAUGACGAGGCAAUUGCAGCCGAUAAGAGUAGCAUAGCGGUGCCGUAUCUGAAUCCGUUGGUGCUGCGCAAGGAGCUGGAAAACAUACUCACCCAAGAGGGCGACAUGGCGCUCAUCAAGCCAAACUUUGUCGAGGAACAUCCCAUCAUCUACUGGAAUCUAUUGUGGCUAAUGGAACGCAUCGAGGGUAAGACCCAUCUGCCCGAGCUUUGUCUGCCGCCAACGAGCGACGAGGAGCAACUGGACCCACUGACCAAGGUGAAAACCGUUCACAUACAGUGCCUGUGGGACAACCUUCACUUGCAUAGUGAGACAAGCGGAUCACCCAUGUACAUCCUCUACAGGGAGACGCAGCCCACAAGUCCAUUGAUCAAGGCUCUGCUCACCGAUCAGGCGCAGCUCAGCAAAAACGUCAUUCAGCAGAUACUGUCAGCGAUACGUUGCAAUGAUCUGGCCACGCCGCUGAAGCGUUUGGCCAACGAGCGGCACAAGCUGAAGAAUAAUGGCGUGGAGCGUUCACAUUCAUUCUACCGGGAUAUACUCUUUCUUGCGCUAACGGCCAUCGGGCGUGCCAAUGUCGAUCUGGCCACAUUCCAUCGCGAAUAUGCGGCCGUCUUUGAUAAGCUAACGGAACGCGAAUGCAACAUGUACUAUCGCAAUCAGGAUCUGCCCCCAUCGGCAUCCACAAUCUUCUGUCGAGCAUAUUUUAAGCCCCUUUUGCUGCCCUGACGUGCGGUCGACGUAGAUCUGGAUGAGGACGAUGGCGAAAUGGAUGUGGACGUAGACGUGGACAUUGACUUGGACGUGGACGAGGAUAAAGCAGAUUUGAAAUCGUAAAAGACAUGGCGACCAAAAACAAAACAAAACAAACAAGAAGAAAACGCUUAACACAACCACAUCAAUCAAUUGACAAGCAAAACAAAUAGCUAACAAAAUGUUGACUUGUAAAUGACUUGAACUUAAAUUUUAAGUACUUAAUUUUUGAGGUUUUUUUUUUUAUACAUUUGAAUUGACAAUUUUCAUUUUUGCUUAGCAUUCUCUCUAUCUUUCUAUCUCUCUCUCGCUCGCACAAUGCAGAGCCAACUCUUUCACACACAACACACACACACACACACCUAUAAGUGACUGGUUUCUAAGACAAUACACACACACACAACAAAUGAAAAACUUGGCAUGUUUAAAAAUACUUGUUUGUUUUCUCUAUAUAAACAUAUAAUUGACUUCCCGCAACAAACUUGACCCUCGACAUACAUAUUUGCCUUAUUAUAUAUAAUAUAACGGAACAUAUGCAUAUAGAAUGCAUGUGCGAUCUGUCUGUAAUUAGUUUGUAUGAAGGAUGUAUUAUAUACAUAUUAUGUACAUACAUACACACACGCAUACACACACAUACAUAUGUAGUAGUAUGUAUGUCAUCAUUUCAAUCGCAACGCCUUUAAAUUGUGAUUAUUAUUUCAAAAAUAUUAAUUUCAUCAAGCUGCGGUCGUCAUCGACCAAUGUAGAUAGCGAACGAAAUGGAACAUCUCGAAAAUCAGUGGAUAUCCGAUGGGGAAUGGGUAUAGGAAGGGGAAUAGGAAUGGGGGGGAGUGGUAUGGGUUUGGGCUGGGCUUAGGGUUAAAUGGGCUGAACUUGUGGCGCAACAAACAACCGACAUACAAGAACAACAACAUCAACAGCAACAACAAAAACAACGAUUACAAUAGCAAUAUAAAUAAAUCAGUGAGAUAAAAGCAAAUGUUAUUCAAUUUACAAUUUUUAAAUAUCACACACAGACAAAAAGAAAAACUAUAGGAAAAAUAAUAUAUAUAAUAAAAGAAAAAAUUCAUAUAUCUUUUCAGAAAUCCUUUUUGCCGGUCAUAUUAAGUAAAUGUAUAUUUAUAUUUAAAUUAACUUAAAACAAAUUGCAAAAAUAAUAAAAAUAAACAAGAAAAAU